AUGCUUCGCUGCUCGUGCGAGAAGCAGCUCAACAAGCUAGUUCUUACCUCGUACACCCCGUUCUCUUCGCUCGCUGGCUGUCUCAUCCAUCGUCCACGGCAGGUGGCCCUGUCCGACAAGGAGAGGGAAGCGGUGGCCACCUCGGGGCGACAGGAGUUCCUGCGCGAGCAGGCGGCCAUGCUGGAGGGGGUUAGGGGGGAGUGGGCGGCCCUCCGGUCGGCAUUGAGGAGGAGGGUCGGGGCUGCGAGGACGCUGCUGUUGACGGAUGCCACGUGUCGGAUGCACGCCGUUCCAGAGGACAGGCUGGAACAGCCUCGCAGGAUGGACGAAGCCUGGCGCGCUCUGCUCUUCCUGCAGAAGGUCUACCCCAAUGAGACCGUCCUGAAACGUUCGGUUGACCCCGCUUGGGUGGAGAUGGUCACUCCGGAGACAAUGCUGAUGCUGGCGCACAGCCGAACCUACGUGGACCAGCUUAGGACGAGGGUGGACGAGGCCGGGUCUAGCGUGGAGUGCCUAACGGCCGUGGACGGCAGCGAGGAUGACUUGGGAGGUCUGGGCGGAGGAGACCGAGGCGGACCACAAGAGCGGGCCAUGGCAGUGUACGGCAGGGACACGGUGGGCAACAAGCGCUCGUGGGAGGCAGCGAUGACAGCGGCAGGCGCGGUGCUCGAAGCGGUCGACCGCGUGCUUCACGGCGAGGCCCACAACGCCUUCUGCGCGGUAAGGCCGCCGGGGCACCACGCGGGGGUGGAGCUGCACUGCAUGGGUGCCGUGUCCAACGGCUUCUGCAUCCUCAACAACGUGGCUCUCGCCGCCCUCUAUGCCCACCACUACGGAAACGUGGCUCGUGUGGCAGUGGUGGAUUUCGACGUUCACCACGGUAACGGCACCCAGGAUGUGCUGUGCCGGACCGAACACCCGGGCUUCCUUUACGCCUCCAUUCACGCCUUCAACCGAGGCGAGGGCGAGAACACUUCUCAGGCGAAGAUCUUUCCGGGAACCGGCGCAGAGGGGGAGGCGCACGGGAACGUUCUGAAUAUCCCUCUGGGCGAUCAGGUGCACCCCGCGGGUUUCCACAGCGCCACGGCAAGGGUGGUGGCCGCCCUGGACAAGUUCAAGCCCAACCUUAUCCUCGUGUCGGCUGGCUUCGAUGCUCACCAGGCGGACCCAUCUCACCUUGGCACACUUUGCGCGAGGGAUUUCGAGGUCUUCACGAGGAGAAUGGUCACAGCCGCGGAACGCCUGUGCGCCGGACGGAUGGUGUCGGUGCUGGAAGGGGGUUAUGCCCUGGACUGCCAGGCUACUGUCCGUCCGAAGGGCCACCUGCGACCCCCUUCUCCCAUUGGAGGCGUCGUAGGGCGGGUGGGGAGGAAGGCAAGGGGCGCCGCGGCGGAGACCCUGGCGGACUGUGUGCAGGCCCACUGCAAGGGUCUGGUGGAUGGGUUGAUUGGAGCUAUCGACGACGACUAACUUGACUCGGACCGCCACCCCAAGACGAGGGGGAAAGCGUUCGCCGAGAUCGCUCCUUGUUGCCUAAAGUACCGGGGAUCGCCCACACAACCUGCGUGUCCCCCUAAACUCUUGUGCCGGUCGGGGCACAACCGUACAUGUCGGGAGUCGAUGCUGCUGUUGCUGGGUGUGUUCCGCCUGCUCGACGUUUUUCGUGUCUGUGUUUGUGCUGGCACCGUUGCUUGAUUUUUCGGGGUGUGGAGGAAAGCAACUCAGCGGUAGGGUGACGGUUGACGGGCACAUCGGACCCAUGCACGACGCAGCAGCCAAACCAUCCAUGCAGCUUCUGACCUUGUGUAGUUCGUCGAGUGAAAGUCGUGAGCAGCCUGUCUGGAAGAUGACGAUGACGCCCGUCACGAUGGGUCUAGGGUUGCCGUUUUUUUGGCUGCUCACUGCGGCAGCAGCGUGCUGUGCUCGUGGUUGUGCUUGACAUAUUUGGUAUCGUUCGUGACCUAUGACCUGCGGCAGUUUGUAGAGGUGCGGCGAGAACAACGCGCAACUGUCUAUCCCCGGCUACGUAGGCAAGGCGGCGAAAGUCCUGCUUCCCUUCUCUGGAUAUGGGGCGCAUGCAGCGUGACUGCUGUUUGUGCCAUCUGAGUAUGCCACGCCCUACCGGUGUCUUUUUUUCUCGCUCGUGGCGUGUCCAUAGGCUCUUUGGUUUGCGUAUUUCUCUCUGGUGUCAGCGUUUCUUCCCGCGAGUCUUUCCCUGUAGCGCCUGCUUUACGCUGGUGUUCAUGGGUUCGUCCCUGAUUUGAACGACCUAGACUACCGAUUUGUGUCAGUGAUCCGUUGAACAGUUGGUAGACAGAUGAACAGUAGGUUUUCCCAAGAGUGGAACUGUAAUUUUCAGCCAUCGAUGAUUGAGUCGUUCAGUCUUGCUUGUGGAGGUGCCGUGUGCACUACCUUUCGUAUUGUGUCGGUGGUUUAUGCUUGGGUUUGCACACGGGCCAGGGGGUUGCGCCAGGCAACCGCCUCAGGGAACAACAAAUCCGUCGCGGCCACUUUCGUAAAGUAUGUGAUAAGAACAGGCGCGCGUGGAGGUUUUGGGUGUGGGAUAUUGGUGUUGGGGCUUGUGUUUGUACUGUAGACCACAAUCGCCCGGUGUUUGUUGUGUGGAGCUUAAGGAGUCUGGGCCGCGGUUGUGACGGUGACAUGUCGAUCGUCGUUCUCCCGGUCUUUGCCGCUUGCUUUGCAACCGUUUGGAGCAUUGAAUGAAUCGAGGUUGGCAUUACAGGCUCUGGACGCCCCCAUGCUUUGCGGCUUUCUACGGUGGAGAUUAGUUGAGUCAAGGUCUCCCAGACGCUCUUUUCAUGUCAAGAACUAACCUCCCCGUUGGCC